AUGGCGACCGAGUGCACACAAGAGGUGAUUCUGGACUUUCUAACGGAACGAGGGGGGAGAGUAAAAAACGUGGAUCUGAUUGAUUAUUUUAAGCCGAUGUUUCCGGAAGACCCCGAGACGAAGGCAACCAUGAAGAAGAAAUUCAAGCGCCUCGUCGACAACGUUGCCUUCGUCAGAGUGGAUAGCGGCGUUAAAUUUGUCUGUCUGAAGAAAAGGUACAGGGGCUUAGCGGAGUGUGGCGAGAUAGGCGGCGUGUGCGUUGGCAACGGGGCAAGUGAGGCAGGUAGGGGGCCAAUUUUAGAGGGACACAUAAUCCCCUCCGCUGUCCAGAAUAGCCGGUCCUCAAACUCACAGGAAACCACUGCGGUAAACGGGGAGGCGUUGGACGCAUUGCAGCCGUGCGUCGGGGACGGGCACACCUGUGAGGCGAGCGCCGCACGCCCUGAUGCGCAGCCAGAAAUCUCACCUGGAUCAGGUUGCGGAAGUGCCAGCGAGGUGAGCGCACAGCAAGUUUCCCCUACAACCAUUUUGUCGACCCGAAACGACGGGGAAUCCCACAAUCUAGCGUUUGCCCAGACGGUAGAGGAAAUCGCAAAAAGCACAAGCGAGAUCGGCAUGGGGAACUCGGGUAGUUCGAGAUGUGGCGGUGAACCAAACGAUUUGUGCGUUCAGACAACGCCGGAGCCAGCGCCUGACAUCCCGAGGAUUGCUGUGAUUGAAGCCUCGCCUCUCCCGGCAGCGGCAGACGGAUCCAUGUUUGACCUGCCUGGAUAUCAGGGCAGAUCUGUGCAAAGUGGCCCCACCGGACAGGUAGACACAUGUACUGGGCUAAAUCCUAAAGCUGGAAGUUAUGAAAGAGGUGGUGAUUUUGUGCUAGAUGAAUUAAGUGAGCCACAGCUGAGCAACAAGGCAAACCAGAGCAGUGAUGAUGCGGUGACUAGGUGCCGUAACUCGAUGCGAGUCCAUCAGCCCAGUUUACCGUCUGGCCACCUACAGGAUGAUGGGAUUGACGAGACACAUUUGGAUUUGCACAGUUUAUCUGAGAGUGAAGGGAGCAGCACCCCGAGGAGCAGCCGUAAAAACUUUAUUGAGGUCAUGAUGAACAGCUCGCCCCAGGUGAGACGCAGCAUGGUGUUGCGAAACUCCCUCUACCUGUCCGCCAGGAACAGGGACUUGGCCAGGAGCGACAGCGACUCUGCCUCGGUGGCAUCCUCCAAUCCUGACGAGGAUGGGACCCCCAUUACCUUGGACCCACUGGAACACGAAUGGAUGAUGUGCACUUCCGAUGGCGAGUGGGACAGCCUGCGCCGCCUCCUCGCCUGCGAGCCCAGCCUGAUUUUGAAGAAAGAUUUUGUCACUGGUUUCACAUGUCUGCACUGGGCAGCAAAGCAGGGCAAGCCCGAGCUGCUGGCAUUGAUUGUGAAUUUUGCAAAACGGCACACCCUGCCCAUUAAUAUCAACACCCGAUCAAGUGCCGGCUACACACCUCUCCACCUGGCUGCCAUGCACAACCACAUGGAGGUGGUGAAGCUCCUGGUGGGAGCUUAUGAUGCAGAUGUGGAGUUAAGAGACUACAGUGGGAAGAAAGCCUGUCAGUACCUCACCAACAGCGUGGGUGUGGACAUACGAGACAUUGUCGGGGCGUACGAGAACUCCGCCUCAGAGAACACUGACAAUGAGGACAAGGGUCGAUGGAGGUUCUCCAAAGUUCUUCAUUCAAACCUGAGGCCCCUCAAACUCCUCCCCCACAGCGAGGAUGACUCAGUGGACGGGGAGGUCCGUUUGAGGCAGAAACCCGUCAGAAGGAUGUCUUCCCUCAGCAAGAUGGGACCCAAACUCCAGAAGAUCCGCUUUCGGACAUCGCAGCUUGUUCACAGCAGCUCGUUCCAUGGGACGGAGGAGACCGAGAGGUCGUGGCGGGGCUCUUUUAAAUCCAGACCCAAGUCAAACUUUUUUGGCUGAGACACAGAGACACACUAGUACAAGAAUGCUGUUAAAAGUAGACUGCAGAGCAGUAUCACACACCAACGCAAUUUCACAUAUCUUACAGAUUGUCUGCAAACUGUCAGGCUGCAUUAAUUCAGUCAGUGAGCCAAAAUAUGGGGUGACCAUAAUUUCAAUUCUAGAUUUGGUUGGAGCUGCCUGUUAAUAUG